AUGGCGUCCUUCAUAAAUCCAGACCUAAAUAGGUCAGAAACAAGUAUGGACGGAGAGGUGGAGUACCGACCAGUUCUUCCUUUUAUUCAGAAUAAGCACUAUACCUCCAUGGGAGAAAAGUGGUACGUUAAGUAUCUACUGCUUCCUUGCUAUCUACCACUUUCCCCCUUCGUUCUUCUCUUGCGAAUAAUGAUUAUAAUACCGCUAUUUCUGCUAUUGGCACUGGCAUGCUUCUUCUUAAAUUUGGGGACAGAUCCUACCAGGCCAUUCGAUAGAGUUAGGGCAACAUUCCUUGUGCUGAUAACAGCCCCCAUAAUUCGUCUCAUGCUCUUUACUAUGGGAUAUUGUGUAAUAGUACGAAAUCGAAAAGGAAAGGCUAAAUGCCACGCUAUUGUUGCUAAUCAUACAGACUUUAUGGACAUACCAUGCAUGUAUUGCGCAGAAAGUACCUCAUAUGUUUCUAAAGAAGCCGCUACCCGGUUCUGGGCCAUCAGGGCCAUUGCGACAGCCACGCGCACCAUUUUAAUUCGUCGCGAUAUAGCUAAGUAUACCCAUGAAGAAGUAACCCAACUUAUCUCUCCCGGUUGUGACACUAAGUCCCUGUCCGGCUUUUGCCAAUUAGAGGCCCGUGCAAAGAUCAUGAAAGAAGAAGAUAACGACCUUUGGACACCCCUUUUGAUAUUUCCCGAAGGCACCACGACGACUGGGAAGAGUCUUCUCCGCUUUCACACAUCUAUUUUCCGCUUAGGAGUCUCUGUCCAGCCAAUCUCCAUUAAAUAUUAUUCAUGGAUACACACUGAAUAUGUGGGCAAGAGCCUCUUCCGUGUCCUUAUACGGAAGCUUUUCAAUCCCUUCUGCGUAACAGUGAUAACAUAUCUUGAGACUGUAGCUUCGAAUGGCGAACUUUCUCCUAGAACACUUGCAGAUGUAGCUGGGAAGCGCAUAGCAGACUCUCUGCAUAUCCCCUAUCUUCCGUACACCAGUGAAGAUGGCUUCUAUUUCCGCAAUUUACGUACCACAUCAGAAAAGUGUAGCCCGGAGUUUAUUAGGGAUUAUGGGUGGAUCGGAACAGAAGAUGCCUUGAAUUUGAAACAAGAUGUGGCGUUUACAGAACAAUAUCGUCUUCCGAAGGGCCCGAUCAUCCGACAUCCUGAGUGCUGA